UGAUUAUUAUAUAGAAAUAACUAUGAAAUAUUCGCGUUACAACUUUUGGAAAGUGGCCAUUUCACGAGGUUUACUUUGUCAACAUAUUUCCUUUAUUUCUGUCAUAGCAAUUAAAGGUAGGGCAAAAGUAAUUAAUUACUUUCAGGAGCCAAUUAAUUUCACUUACCUAUAAAAAACUGAAUUUCUAUAAAUUUGAACGAAUCGUGGUGAGAUGACAAGACGCCUACUUAACCUUAAAGUCUUUAAUAUUUAAAUAACUUUAAUCCGUGACUGCAUUCAUCAAUGAAUCUUAAGACAAUUUUCAUUAGUAGACGCAACAAAAUUUUAUAAAAAAUAUUGUAUGCGAGUUCCCCAUUGUUCUUUCUGUUAGUGUCGUGUAAUGAUUGCACAUGCUUACAAUUUAGCUAUGUAAUAUAUUAUGACGAUUGACAGGAAUGUCGGUCAUUGGCAAAUUGAGUUUAACAGAUUUAUUUAAUCGGAAAGUAAUAAAAAUUACAUGCAAUGUUGCAAGAUAAACCGAUUUAAAUUCGAAAUCGAUUUCAAUGUUCUUGGCUGAGAAGAUAGCACUAGGCCUGUCGGGUCAGCUCUUAAAUACAUAACAAACUGCUCGCGCCAUCCACAACCAAUCCGUUGUUGCCGUAACUAAUAUGGGUUUAUAUAAUGUUUUGUUUUGUGAUCACACUUACUACUCUCAUAAAAUACUGAAAAACUAAUUACAAGUAUAUUGCGUAUGGUUUUAAUUAAUGUCCCCAGUACACCGAUUAAAGUUCGCCAGUUCUGCAGCCGAAUGCAAGCGGCCUACACUAUAUUCACAUAACGUUUACAAUAGAAUUGCAUAGUAUAUUGAGUAUUGUAAUGUUAGAGAUACUCGCUGGUGCACCAUGUUGUUAGUGUUGUUACCGAUAAUGCUGUGUUAGUGUCGACGAUCACUCAGUUUACGUACUUUUUCUAACGCUUCUUGGUCAAUUUUACGACCUCUCAAGCUACUCUUCAAACAUUUGAGGCGGGUAAUUACUGUGUUUACUUCGGAUUUAAUUUCCGACUAUUUGUAGGUAACAGCGUUGUUCCUAAGGACGUUCAAGAGAACUUCAUCAGUCUGCGCGAUCGCGACUUCGUGGGCGAGGACAAGCGGCUGCGCGCGGCGCUGAGCCGGCGCCUGGUGCUGAUACAGAGCGGGGACAACAGCUCCGAGCUGCUGCGGCCCGACUCCAUCGGGGACAGGUUCGAGCGCUACAGCAACGUCGAGACGGACCUACAGCUGGACCCAGAUUAUCUUGAGCUUAUUCAUACCAGGAAAAUACCUAAUAAUCUAAGAUUCAACGUGAGUAUGGAUUAUGCGGAGCUGUUUAACUUCAGGCUAGACCCUGACGGCGCGUUUCUAGCCUCGUAUGGCGGCGACACGACAAACCUGACCGACGUCCUCGCUGACUUAAGUAGGUUAAGCAACCUGACAGGCGCUGGGCUUAUCGACUCCUACAACUUCAGCGGCCUCGGAGACCAUCUGCCUGGCGCGCUCGCCGGCAACGGUUCCCACAACCUCACUGCUGGGCGCCGAGCUGAACCUAGCUACUGGACGCAUUCAGAAAUAGACUCGAAUCUACAUGUAUUAGAAAUUAUGAAGCAAAAUAUUUACAUGAUUCAGGAACGACUGAGGGAUCUCGAACCCAUCAUUAAAAAAAACGAGGAAGACGUUAGAUUCCGAAUAGCGUACGUCUUCAACACGAUUGACGAGUGGUUGAAAGAUAUAAGAACCAUUUACUAUGCAAUGUCCAGGGUCCGCUAUUACAAGUGGCGCGUGAAGAAGCACCUUCUGUACUACGAGCACGUCCUGAGAAAGAACAUAGACAUCACGUACAGCGUGGAGCUCGUCAUCCACAUGCACGUCAACUUCAUGGCCAGGAUGAACGAGAUCGUUCCGGCCGAGCAGCGCAAGGCCCUCAAGGAGAUGAACAAACAGAAGGACGCCAUGGCAAAACUCAAUCAGAGCACCAUAGACAUGAUUAAGAGGAACCAAUCCGGUCAGAAACCUGGGCGACGGACACUCACCAGACUGCCGCAGUCAUAGUGUUUCUCGCAGGAUACUUAUCUACUGUAGAUUGAAAUGUUGAAAAACUAGGACACUUUUUAUCGAUUUGUCCUCAUAAUUUUGCGUUAUGUAAAAUAAACUAUCUACCGCGCUAAAAAGCCAUUUUAAUUUUUUGUUCAAAAUUUAUAUUUUACAAACGGCAAUACAUUUUUGUACAUAAUAUGACAUAUUAUAUAUGUUAUGGACCAAGUGAUAAAUUGAGCAGUAUACAUAGUGUCCGGUCAUUUUGAAAAAUGCCCAAUAUGAGAGUGCAAUUUGAUAAAAAUUAUUCAAAUAAUCAAAUUGACCGGGCACUAUACCUACUGCACAUCACCUUGUAAGCAAAGAAAUACAAACAUAUUUAAUUACUAUUGUUUUAUGGGUAGCAAUAAAACGAGUGACUGUAAAUUACAAUUUCAAGUGUCAAAAUAAAUAUUAAGUGAGCGAUUUACUGUAAAUGACGAGAAAUCAACAGAACAGUAUGGAAAUCGAAAUACGAGUCUUUUUUUUUCGUAAGAGAUCGCAGUUUUAACCUAACCUAACCUAGUAUUAAAAUAUUAUAGGUUUUAGAUUACAUUUUAAUAUUAGGUUAUUUUACUUAAAUAAUCAGACUCAUUAUUUGGAAUAAUUACGAAGGACUUCUACCUUAAAAAUCCACUAGUUAUGAAGAAAUUUAAAUACAAAAGUAUUUAAAACUUGAGGAAAGUCAU